AUGGAGCACUUCACGGUUUCUUUUAAAUGCUCUAGGGGUGUCAGACAAGGGGACCCCCUUUCCCCGCUCCUUUUCUGUCCUGCAGAAGAUAUGCUCAACAGACUUAUUAGCAGCAUGGUCACUUCCGGUUUGCUUGCUUUGAUCAAAGGCCCUAGAAAUGUUCAAGUUCUUGCUCAUAUUUUAUACGCGAAUGAUGUGAUUAUCUUUUGCAAAGAGAGUAUUGCCAAUAUUAAAACUCUAGUUUUGGUUUUCAGAUCUUAUGCGGUUGCAUCUGGUCAAGUUGUAAACUGUAGUAAAUAUUUUAUUUAUGGAGGGGCUACGACAGCAGCUCGUCUCAACAUUCUCAGAUUUAUCUGGUUUCAAUAUUGGUCUCUCUUCCUUCAUGUACCUCAGAGUCUCUAUUUUCAAAGAAAAGCCUAUAACUAA